AUGGCAGCUACAUCCUAUACAACAUUACCAUCUAAUACAUAUGCUGGUCUUGGAUCUCAAGGAGAUCUUUUUCAUGCAGCUAAUUAUGGUACAUAUGAUUCAGGUGUUGGAUCAUUAAUAUCAAAUCCUAAUCAAUAUCCAACAACAACAAAUUAUGAUACACAUUUUACUGGUAGUCAACGAAGACAAUCCUAUUCAAAUGAUUAUCUUCAAUCAAAUUAUUUAAAUGAUGAUUAUACAAAUCAACAACAACCUGAAUAUUAUUCUACAGAUAGAUAUUCUCAACAACCAACAUAUAAUCAAGAUACUUUAAUUAAUGAUUAUUCAAAUUCUAAUACACAAACAUAUAAUGAUCGAUCAACAAUACCUAAUAAUAUGGAUGAAAAUUAUGCUAAUACUAUUACUAAUAAUAAUAAUAAUACAUUGCCAACACAUAAAACAACUAUGGAAGAACAUCAUAUUGAAUCUAAUAAUCGACAUCAGCCAUCAUAUCCUAAUACAACACAAUAUCAACCUCCAACAUCUUCUGAUAAUCAACGUCCUCAUCCAACUCAAAUAUCAACACAAUCAAAUAUUGUUCGAUCGGAUCCUCAAAUAAGUUAUAAUUCAUCUAAACAAAUUUCAUCAAAUCAUCAACAAUCAUCAUCAAAUGGUAUCAAUGGUAAUCCAUCGGAAACAAUGACAAAAUCUAAUAAUCCUACAAUAGAAAUGAAAACAACUAAAUCAAGUAAUUUACGAGCAGCAGCUAUUAAACAAAAAGAAGAUAGUCGUGAACAAAAACAACGUGAUAAUAAUAUUGCUUUAUCAAAAAAAAAAGCAACACCACCACAAUCAACAAAAACUCAACAACAUCUAUCAAAUGAUAUUAAACAAGAUGAUAUUAAAAAACCUAAACGAAAUAAAAAACAAUCUCAUUCUGUUCCACAAAAACGUACAAAUCGUCGGGAUGAUUAUCAAACAGAUGAUAAUAAUAGUUCCGGAGAUGAAAAUAAUAAUAAUAAUACUCGUCAUAGUCGAAGUAAAUCUAAAAAACAUACAGCAUUAUCUGAUUCACAACAAGAAAAAUAUCCACCAUUACCACCAAUUCGACGUGGACGAGGACCACCAGUUUAUGAUCCUAUUUAUGAUUAUCCAAUGUUACAUGGAUAUUCUCUUAGAGCACGAUAUCCAUAUUAUGAUGAUCAUUUACCUUAUGGACCUUAUCCAUAUCCUGGGCGAUAUGAUUAUCGUCAUCGUCAUUUAUAUGAUGAUGGUUAUGAUACUCCACCUUAUCUACCAGCAUCACAUAAUCCUUAUGAUGGAUUUUUUGAUUAUGAAAAACGUAAACCUAAAUCAAAAUCUAAAACACAUAAAAAUAAAAAAGAUUUUAAUAUUGAUCAUGAAGGUAUAACAGAAUAUGAAACUGAACAUGAAGAUGAUAAAAAAAGUCAAAAGUCAAAAAAAAUUAAUAAUAAAAAAACAAAAUCAAAAGAUGAUGAUACUGAAAAUGAAAAAACUAAACAACAACAACAACAAAAACAUAUAUCUCCAAAUUAUCCAGAAUCAUCUUAUCCUGAUGAAGGUGAUAUGUUAGAACUUUGGCGUCAAGAAAGAAAUGAUUUUUUAAAAAAAAAAUAUCGACCAACUGUACAUGAUGUUCUUUAUUCACAACAAUUUAUGAAAACAGAUAGUUAUUUAGAAAAUCAACGACGUCGUGCAUUACGUGAUAUUCAAGGAUAUUAUUUUCCAUAUAAAAAAUAUACACUUAAAGAUUAUAAAGAUUUACAAAAACAAGAUUCACAAAAUAAUCCAUAUGCAUCUGUGAAUAAUGAACCUUCUCCUGAUCGAAAAGAACGUGCUAAAAAACGUCAAGAAUAUUCAUCACAAGUAGAAAAACCAGCUGGAGAUACAUUCGGAGUACAAAAUAAAUCACCACGAGAUACACAACCUAAAAAACCUUGGCAUUUAAGUCAUGGUGAAUCACAUGAUCCAGAAAAAUUAUCAAAACGAGAACGAGCUCUUGAAUAUGCAAAAGUUCAAGUUGUCAAAACUCGAUCUCUAAAAGCAGCUAAUGAUAAAUCUAGUGGUUCAGAUCCUACUGAAAAAUAUGUUAAUGGUCUUUUUCCACAAGAUGAUAAUGAUGAUGAAGGUUCAGUUUUAUGUAAAAUAAAUCAAGACAAAAAUUUACGUGGAUGUUUUACAGAAUUAAGAUGUGGUGAAAAAUCAACUAAUCUAUCAAUUAUUGUUCAAGGUCUACCAGGUCCUCGUGGUUUACAAGGAGUUACAGGUUUACCUGGUCCUCUAGGUCCACAAGGUUUAAUUGGUCCUCCGGGUCGUGAUGGUUUUACAGAACGAUCAAUUUCAUUUUGUGCUGAAUUACAACAAUUUGAUAUAACAACAAAUUUCUAUAGUAUACUUCAACCAUGGAUAUUAUCUGAUUCAUUUAAUCAACCAACUGUUUCAAAUUAUUUUUCUGAACAUACUGGAAUAUUUACUGUACCUACCAAAGGUCUUUAUCAAUUUUUUCUUACUAUAUUCGCUUCUCGAAUUAAGGCAUCUUUUUAUAUUACAAAAAAUGGUCAACAUAUGUGUACAGUUUGGCUUGAAUCUAUAGUUAUAAGUCAUAAUAAAACUCUUAUUUCAGGUUUAUCUAAUGGUUUAAUAGAUUGUCUUUUAUAUUGUCAAAUUAAUGAUCAAAUAUCUGUUGUAGCUUCAAAUCUUUUAAAUGAAAAUUUUGAUUCACAACCUCAUGCUUAUUCUUAUUUAAUUUUUUCAGGUUAUAUGUUAUUUAAUAUUUAA